AGUUUAUAUUUUUAUUUUUAUUUUCAAAGUCUCCAAAAAUUUUUCAGCUUUAAAUUUCAGGUAUUACGAUCAUUCGGUAUCCGGAGAGAUGACCCACGAUUGCAACAGACGAUUAAAAUAAUGUAUCAUUAUGAUCAACAAAACGAUGACAAUGAUGAUGAUGAUGAUGAUGAUGAUAAUGAAUAUAAGCACCGUUUCUUUAACAAAGAGCAGUUCAAAGAGUGUAUUCGGCCAAGCAUCAAUUUGAUUGCCCAAACGCUCCGCAACGAUUUGAUCAUUCCAAAUUGGGGCGAAUUUACUGCAAAGAUUCGAGAAAUCUUUGAUGAGUGUGCAUCCAUUGAAGAGGGCGAAGUCGCAGAUUACAUUCCUCAACUAGCCAGAGUUGAUCCGGACAAGUUUGGUCUCUCUAUAUGUACGAUAGAUGGUCAGCGUAUCAGUUUUGGAGAUGCAUGCGUGCCGUUUUGUUUUCAGUCUAUAUCGAAAGCUUUCAAUUAUGCAAUACUUGCGUCUGAUAUGGGAGCAGAUUACGUUCAUGAAUAUGUUGGUCAUGAACCAUCAGGGCGAUUAUUUAAUGAAAUAUGUCUGGAUUGUAAUCGCAAACCCCACAAUCCUAUGAUCAAUGCUGGAGCGAUUAUAGUCACAACAUUGAUGAAAAUGGGUGACAAGAUGGCAGAUCGCUAUGAUUUUGUGCUCACUCGCUACAAAGAAUUAGCAGGAGGUGGUUACAUAGGAUUCAAUAAUGCAACUUUUCUUUCGGAGCGUGAUUCGGCGGACCGUAACUACGCGUUAUCUUAUUAUAUGAAGGAAAAUCAUUGUUUUCCUGGCAUGGUUUCACUUCGAGAUGAGCUGGAUUUUUAUUUCCAACUUUGCUCAUUGGAAACGACAUGCGAAAGUGCAGCAGUUAUGGCUGCAACAUUAGCUAAUGGAGGUGUUUGUCCGUUAACUAAUGAGACGUGCAUCAGUCCUCGACCAUGUCGUGAUGUUCUUUCAUUGAUGUAUUCGUGUGGAAUGUACGACUAUAGCGGUCAAUUUGCAUUUAAAGUCGGUCUUCCCGCAAAAUCUUGUGUCUCUGGAGCAAUGGUAGUUGUUGUACCAAACUUGAUGGGCAUUUGUAUCUGGUCACCGCGUCUUGAUAGAAUGUGCAAUAGUGUACGUGGCGUAACCUUUUGCAAGAAGUUGAUCGAAAUUUUCAAUUUUCACAACUACGACAGCUUGCUUCACGCGGAUAUUAAGAAGAUUGAUCCAAGAAAGCGUGGUGUCCCAAGUGAGUCAGAACUCAUCAUCCAAAUGAUGUUUGCCACCAAAAAAGGUGAUAUUGAUAGCAUUCGAAGGAUGUUUUUGGGAGGUGUUAAUUUGAAUAUGUCAGAUUAUGAUGGUCGUACACCGCUGCAUCUGGCUGCUUCGGAAGGACAGUUAAAAGUGGUGGAAUUCUUUCUCGACAUUGCUCAUGUAAAUCCACUCGUGAGGGACAGGUGGGAUAGGACUGCUUAUGACGAUGCAAUGUCAUUUGGAUAUCUGAAUGUUGCGGAGAAGAUCAAAUCAGCGAUGGAUGCAGUAUCUAGUGGCUUGAUGCCUAUGUUAGUGUUAAUAUAG